GCUAGGAAACAGGAAGGUGCUGCUCGAGAGCCCCUCCCCUCCUCCUCCUCCUCCCCCCCCUCGAGCUCGAACGUUACGCGCGUGUUACACGUGUGAACUUAAGCGGCCAGUGCCCGGAUGGAGACUUUUGAAUGUGAGCUCUGUGGAUUAUCAGCCCCCUUCAGCUACUAUGGACAUAAACCUCCCAAUGCCUACUCAGUCACCCUCCUGGAAGACUGUUAUGUUAUGAAUGACCCGUUCACCCCAGACAAGGACAGAUUCCUCAUCCUUGGUGCGCGGUGUAGUCGGUGUCACAAACGGGUGUGUGCUGGGCCAGACUGCAGUCUUUUCUAUUCCAAAAGAUUUUGCCUCCCCUGCGUGAAAGCACACAUAACCGAAUUUCCUGUGGAAAUAGAAGAUGAUUUGAAAAAAAAAGCACACUCAAAAUCUUCCAAGAAAGGAGAUUCUAAGAAUCUGGGGAAAAGCUAGGUUGAUUUUACUGCAGAAUUUACUUUUGGUUCCCUGGAAUAAACAAAAACAAAAACAAAAA